AUGAAACGUUUGUGCAGCCCUUCGGGUCUCUUAUUUCGAUGGCAAGCUUCGUUGUCAUCAUCAUCAUUAUGGAAUCAUGCUCAUCCGAUUCAAAAAACUUCCUUCCUGUGGAGUGGAGCAGGGACUUCUCGUUUAUUGUUUUCAACAAGUAUUUUCCGUGGUGGAAAACAUAAUUCAGUAACGGAAGACACAAAAAUUCAAUCAUCGGAAGGGCAAAGUGUGAGCUCCGAUGAAGACUAUUAUCAAAAAAGAAAACAAGAAUUGAAGGAAUAUCAAGCAAAAUAUCCAAAAUUAUUACCGAGCUUGUAUCCAAAUCAUUUUUCAUUGUCUUGUAGUUUUAAAGAAUUCAAAGAAAAGUAUGACACGCUACAAGCUGGAGAAAAAUUAAAAGACAUUGAAGAGACUAUUGCAGGAAGAAUUAUCAGCAAAAGAAAAGCAAGCUCUAAACUCUAUUUCUAUACCAUUAGAACAACAAAUGACCAUCAAUUGUUCCAGCUUCAAAUUAUGGCAAAUGCUGAAAAUUAUGAUUCCACACCGAGCGCAGAAGAUGACAGCAAUUUUUCAAUUAUUAAUACAAUUUUAAGAAAGGGUGACAUUGUGGGAGUGAGAGGAUUUCCUGCAAAAUCUGGCAAAGGAGAGCUUAGCAUUGUUCCAAAACAAAUUACUCUUCUCAGUCCUUGCUUGCAUCAAUUGCCACAAAAAAUUUCUUAUUCUGAAGGAACUUCUCUUGAUGACAUUGAAAAAAGAUAUAGAAAUAGACAUUUAGAUUUGCUUACUAAUCAUGAUGAGCUGUACAAUGUUUUCCUUACAAGAAGCAAGACCAUUUCCUAUAUAAGAAAAUUCUUCUCGAGUAGAGGAUUUCUUGAGGUUGAAACUCCAGUACUCAGCGAGAAGAGCGGAGGUGCAAAUGCUAAACCGUUCGAGACUCAUCUCAACGCUAUGGAUAUCGAUCUCAAACUUCGAAUUGCUCCAGAGCUAUAUUUAAAGCAACUUGUGAUUGGAGGAAUGGACAGAGUGUUCGAAUUAGGGAAGGUCUUUAGAAAUGAAGGAAUGGAUACCACACACAACCCUGAAUUUACCAGUUGUGAAGCCUAUCAAGCAUAUGCUGAUUACAACGACAUGAUGGACAUGACAGAGGAACUAUUUCGAGGACUUGUGACGGAAAUUAAGGGAUCUCCAAUUUUGCAUGUUGAUGGUAUUGGAGAAAUUGAUUUUAGCAAACCUUUUAGACGAGUUUCUUUUGUCGAUACGAUUGAGCAACACAUCAAGCAAAAGCUUCCAGAUCCAUCAGACCCUGAUGCUGUGCACAACUUAAUAGCCCUUUGCAAAACUCACAAAAUUCCUUUUACUGCUGAAAAAGUGAACUAUGGUUACUUGCUCGACAAAUUGCUCGGACAUUUUGUGGAACCUGAAUGUGUACAACCAACUUUCAUCAUGGAUCAUCCUGUUGAGUUAAGUCCUCUGUCGAAAUCUCAUAGAAACAAAGGUCAAAAUAUUACUGAACGAUUCGAAUUGUUCAUUGGAACGAAAGAGAUUUGCAAUGCAUACACAGAGUUGAAUGACCCCGAAGAACAAAGAGAUCGAUUCAGAAAGCAACAAGACAAAAAGAGCCAAGAUGAUGAAGCCCAUGAAAUGGAUGAGGCAUUUUGUAAAGCAUUAGAAUAUGGUUUGCCACCCACUGGUGGUUGGGGAGUAGGCGUGGAUCGCUUAAUCAUGCUUCUCACAAAUAACAAAUCCAUUAGAGAUGUCUUGUUAUUCCCCAUGCUCAAGCCAAAGAAAGAAGAGUAA